UUCCACAGCAACGGUGAACCAUCAAGAGGAAGUAGCAUGGCUGCCGAAGCAGGACUGCUCAAUGCUGGCCUCUCGGUGUUUGAGGCUCAGAGCAGUCAGCUCGCAGCUGCGCUGGAAGAAACCGGAGGUGUCAACGAGCGGGUCGGUAGUUCUGGGUCUCAGUCUCAGUUUAGCCGAUGCUAUGAAAAGCUGCGAUCUUUGGGACAGGCACGAGUGUCGGACAAUGAAGCUUUCCGGACAGAGGUACACUUGCUCUUCGAUCAGCUCAUCUCCGAAAAUUACGAGGGGUUGUCUGGUAGUGCCUCAAGGGUCAUUGAACCACAGGAUGUAUGCAUGCUGCUUGUUCAAGCCUGCCAGCUGGUCCGGCUCAACCAGGAGCAUCUAGUGAGUAAGCUGUGCCAGCUCAUUCAUCACCUACUCAAUCGACUCCAGGUAAUUGUUGAUGAGAAAAGCUUGGACUCCUUGGUCUCUUACACUGUACAGGCCCUUUAUCACUGUAGUUCCUGGACCCAUGAAGAAAUCCUCCAGGCUCUAGCAGCACUAGUCUACAACAAUGGUUUCAGAUGCCAUAAGCAUGUGGCUGAUCUGGUGGGAAAGGAUGGAAUUCUACUACGGUACAGUGAUCCUUGCCAAACAGACAUGGAACUCUGUCGAGCAGCUGUGCAUUGUAUGGCUAAUUUGUGUCUUGGAGUUCCUGGACAGCCUUAUCUAGAAGAACCGUACCGUAAUUCCUGUUUUAAAACUUUUUUGUCAGUACUGCAGUGUGCGAAGCAGGGCGACUUAUGUGAUGUCACCUGUUGUGGAUUGCUUCAGAGUGCUUUAAAAGGAAUUCAGUCAAUUCUAAAUGGAGGAAAAAUUAAACUGACCCAAGAUGAGGAGUUGGGCUCCCUUUUGGCCAUGCUGAAGAAAUACAUGUUCUUUGGACUGCCUGGACUAAAUCUUGAAAUGCCAGCAAUUCUGUACCCAACUCCACUUCCACAGUAUGAAAGAAGUUCUUCUGCAAAACAAGAACCUACUGCAGAUGUAUCAAGUUCAGCCAGAGAAUCUGGGAGUAAAAAACGGAAAUCCAGAGGGAAGAAUCGAAAAGAAGUGACAGAUACCAGGCCAGAGGAAGAAGAUGAUGGGGAAGAAUCUGGAACGCUAAAAAUGAGGACAGGUCUUGAUAAACUGAAGCUGACAGGAGGAGAUGCAGUAAUUCGAAAACGGGUGUCAACACCCCAAGGAUUAUCCUUGCAGUCUUCUUGUAGAAGAGUAACCAGCAGCUCAGACUCUGAGUUCUCAGAUCCCGAGGGAGGACUACAAAGUAAACUGAGGUUGUAUCAGGCUAAAGUUCGACAGAGUGCCCUGCACUGCUUCCUGUCUACAGUAAAGUGUGUUGAGAAGAAAGUGCUGUAUGGAUACUGGUCCUGUUUUGUUCCUGAUUCCUCAGCUGUUGGAAGUCCCCAGUCUUUGUCUUUGCUCACGAUUGCUCUUAAAGACCCAUCUCCCAAAACUCGAGCCAGUGCAUUGCAAGUCCUAUCUGCUAUUUUGGAGGGUUCCAAGCAAUUCCUGUCUGUUGCAGAAGACACCAGUGACCAUAAGAAAGCAUUUACACCUUUCUCUGCCACGCUGGCAUCCAGCAUCCGUGAGCUGCAUCGCUGCCUUUUACUAGCCCUGGUUGCCGAGUCAUCUUCUCAAACUCUUACUCAAAUUAUAAAGUGUCUUGCUAAUUUGGCUCUCAAUGCACCCUAUGCUCGCCUGAAACCUGGUCUUCUGAGUCCUCUUUGGAGACAAAUUAAGCCGUAUAUUCGGCACAGAGAUGUGAAUGUGCGUGUUUCCAGCCUAACUCUUCUAGGCGCAUUGGUUUCAACUCAUGCCCCUCUAUCAGAAAUUGAGAUUCUCCUGCGCCAGCCUUGUACAGCAGGUAUGAACAACAGUGGGAUUGCUACACCACAGGAAGCUCGCAAUACUCUUGAAGGUUACAGAAAACAUCCUGUAAAUCAUUCCACUGACCUUCAGACUGCAGAGACUUGGAGAAAACCUAAUGCCACUUAUGAGUCUCCGCAUGAUACUGGAGAGUCCUUGGGAGAAAAUGUUUCUCAAGACUCCAGCUGGCUGCUUCGUUUCUGUAUCUCUCUUGUAAUGCUUCCACGAGAAGAAAUCUAUUCUGAUAGUGACACAAAUAGUGCAGGAGGUGGAUCAAGUACAUAUGAGCCCUCGCCUGUCCGACUGGAAGCUCUUCAGGUGUUGGCUCACCUUGUAAGGGGAUAUUUUAGGGUUAUCCAGGCUCAUUUGUUGGAGUUAGGAGAGGUGGCUUCUAAAUGUAUGAAGGAAACAGAUGCCUCGAUUCAGCUGCAUGGAGCCAAGCUGCUUGAGGAACUUGGUUCAGGUAUUAUCCAACAGUACAAGUCUGAUUCUAACAUUCCUGAAGGCAAGAUUAUCUCUGUUGAAGAGGUAUUGACAUUUUGGUUGAGAGUGCUCAGUGGUCCUCUGGUAGCAGCCCUGCAGAACAGCCAGCAUCCCACGCUACAGACAACUGCUUGUGAUGCAGUCUCUUCAAUCCUACCAGAAGCUUUUAGCAGGCUGUCGGACAAAAUGCAGAUUUUGUGCAUUACAGUACUGCUUGGAUUAAACCACAGUGACAACCCUCUUGUUAAAGCGGCUUCAGUCCGUGCUCUUGGUGUCUACGUUCUUUUUCCUAACCUCAGACAGGAUGUACUGUUUGUGGCUGACACAGCCAAUGCCAUCCUGAUGUCUUUGGAAGACAGAUCACCAAAUGUCAGAGCAAAAGCUGCCUGGUCACUUGGAAACCUUACAGACACACUCAUUUUCAAUAUGGAGACCAUUGGUGCUUGUUUUCAGGAGGACUUCUCAGAUUUACUUCUUUUGAAAAUGUUCAAAUCUGCUACACAAGCUUCUAACGACAAGGAUAGGGUGAAGAGCAAUGCAGUGCGAGCUCUAGGCAAUCUACUGCACUUUCUGCAGCCACAUCACAUUGCCAAGCCACAUUUUUUAACUGUAGUGGAAGACUCAUUCCAGGUACUAAUCCAGACUGUUCAAGGAGAUGCCACCAUGAAGGUGCGCUGGAAUGCCUGUUAUGCUCUAGGAAAUGCAUUCAGAAACACUGCACUGCCUCUUGGUACAGCAUCUUGGACUUCAGAAGCAUUUGGUGUCCUGACCUCUGUGGUAAAAUCCUGCAAAAACUUCAAGGUGCGCAUCAAGUCCGCUAUGGCUCUUUCUAUUCCAAGCAGCAGAGAGCGUUAUGGUACCAAAGAGCAGUUUGCAGAUGUUUGGGGUGCAUUGGUACAAGCCCUCGAGAAGAGCGAAGACACAGAAGAUUUCCUGGAAUACAAGUAUUGUGCUAGUCUACGCACACAACUUUGUCAGGCUUUGCUGCAUCUGAUUGGCUUAGCAGAUGAAAAAGACUUGGACUGCAUCUCCAAAACACUAGCAGAGAAGGGAAAAGCCCUCCGAGCUUACUUUUUGCACUACCACAUCUCUACAGCUGAAGGCAGUGAUGUACCACCUUGUUUGGGCCUCCAAGAAAGAGCUCAAGAGCUGGAGAAGAUUAUUGUACACCUAAGAAGCAUGGAGCAAGUCCCAAAAUUUCCCAAAGCUGUGGUUACUUAUCUGGAAAAUAUUUGUCAAAGUUGUUCUGGUUCUGCACUGACAUCUUGAGUUGUACGGUCAGAUUUUAGAAGCUAGAGGUAGUGAAACAAAGGCUCGAAUGAGUGGUUGCUGUUUUAAUCAUGUCCUGAUGGAUUUUUUGGAUGACAGAUUUCAUAAAUGAUGUUUAACUAACCUUGCAUACCUGGGUACAUUAUGAAUGCCAAAUUUUUCAGUUUGCUUACAAUGGGCAAACUUUAAGAAACUGAAUAACUGAUAAAAAUUGGUGGCUUAUUCUUUAUUCUGAGAAGGCCUAUGUGUGUAUCACCAAACACAGAAGUGACUCAUACAUGACCCCACCUUCAUAUAGCUGGGCUUGCCCAUUUUUUUUAAUUACACUGUUUUCAUAUUUUAUGUAUUCUGUCUUGAAAUAGAAACUAUGCAAUGUCUAUGCAAAGGCCUGGACUAUGGCGGUGUUAACCAGUGCUCUGAUGCCCAGAUGGUGCUGAAUUAUUCUCCCUCCACAAUUUGCCCAUUUGUAGCUGAAAUCAGUGAAUAAUCAUUCACACUCAUUAUUCUCACAUAAAACUUCUCCUGCAGUUGGUUUGCACAUUUUAGUAACACUUCACUUUGAGUCAGGAAUGGCGUAACAGUUUAAAGAAGUGCUUUUUAAAGGAAUUAACAACUUGUGGAUGGUAUUGUUCAGAGUGCAGGGCAAAUAAACUAGCACAUUGUGACUAUCAUGAAUUAAAAUAAUACACUUCCAUGUCAUAUAUUUAUUAUUCUUUGUACGUAAUAUACAAGAAAACAUAGGGCUAAAAUGUUAACUUUGCACCUUUGAAAGAUUUACAUGUUUUAAGUAACCUGAACGUGAUCUGAUCAUCUCCAGUGUCA